AUGGCAGGUGCACAACUCCUGCUUCAAAUCAGGGAACAUCUUCGGAUCCACAACCUCUUGGUCCGCCAGUGUCUGGCAGAGUUCCUGGGUGUAUUUGUACUAUUGCUCCUCCUGCAGGGUGCUGUAGCUCAGGCUGUAACCAGUGGAGAAACCAAAGGCAACUUCUUCACUAUGUUUCUGUGUGGCUCUCUAUCAGUCACCAUAGCCAUCUACGUGGCUGGCAACGUCUCAGGGGCCCACCUGAAUCCAGCUGUCUCCCUGGCCCUGUGCCUCGUGGGACGCUUCCCCUGGGCCAAGUUCCCGAUUUACUGUGUUGUGCAGCUGCUGGCAGCUUUCUGUGCCUCCGGGGCCACCUAUGUUCUCUACUAUGAUGCCCUACAGAACUAUACAGGUGGGGACCUGACUGUGACCGGACCCAAGGAGACAGCCUCCAUCUUUGCCACCUACCCUGCACCUUACCUAUCCCUCAACAAUGGCUUCCUGGAUCAGGUUCUGGGUACUGGGAUGCUGAUUGUAGGGCUCCUAGCCAUCCUGGACAGACGGAACCAGGGUGUCCCUGCAGGUCUAGAGCCGGUGGUGGUGGGGCUGCUGAUCCUGACCAUUGGACUAUCCAUGGGUGUCAACUGUGGGUUUCCACUCAACCCUGCCCGGGAUCUGGGUCCACGGCUCUUCACAUACUUGGCUGGCUGGGGCCCUGAGGUCUUCAGUGCUGGUAAUGGCUGGUGGUGGGUACCUGUAGUGGCUCCUCUAGUGGGGGCCACCCUUGGCACUGCCACGUACCAGCUGAUGGUGGCUCUGCACCACCCUGAGGACUCAGAGUCACACCAGGAAAGCUCAGAUUUGGAAACUGCUGCCUCAGCUAAGACAUUGGAGAGUAAGCUGUGAUUCUCACAGGCCGAACUUCACUCCAGGAUGAGGAGACCCACGACCCCGCCUGCUUGCAAAUAGACAUUUUGUAUCUUAAUAACAAUGUAGACUCGGGGAAAUUUUUCUGUUUACUCACUGUUUCCUCCUAAACUGGGGAAGGACCACUGCUGGCACAGGUGGAGAAACGGAGUUGCAGGCAGGAUGGGGUGACUCCCACCCCGACCCGCAGGACCUCUAGGAAUGCAGAUGCUCAGAGCAGCCGCCAGAGAGCGCGCGCGCCGGCUGUAGGCUCGGUGAGGCCGUGCGAACCUGAGGGAUGGGGUGGGGGAGAGCUUGUCCUAGUGGACUCCCUCCCAAACUGGGUCCCCAAGGCCCAGCUCCAGCUCCUACGACCUCAGCGCCUCCGGCCUCAGUCCUCACGGGCUC